GAGAGGUGAAAAACUGCAGAGAGCAACAAGCAGCGUGUAGUGUUUCCCCAGCGAACAUGGCGGGAGGGAGCCAGGGGUCACUGACGGGGACAGCUGCCCCGUCGAUAACGAGUCAUCCUCAUUUGCACCUCCACCACCACCGCGGCUUGGUGCGGCGGAAAAGCCACGCUCACCCGGAGAACUACGACGCGAGGAGAACGACCCGAUCCCGGACGAACAGGAAGAAGACCGGUGCCCGUCAAGAUCCGCCACGUCUUCGAGGGUCUUUUCCACAGCUCUCACCACGACCAUACUCCUCAUUCUCAGCAGGUAGAUAUAGAACACUACAUUCA